AGGAUUUUGUUUCCUUUAAGAAAUUUCUGAUUCGUAUGUUGACUCAAGAAUAUUGGUGCAAAGUGGCAGUGGGAGGUUGGGCAUAUCCGGUUUAAACUGGAUAGAUUUCCCAAGAUUGAAGGACUGAAGUUUCAUAAGCUUUCCACCAGCUAGCAGUGUCUGCCAAUAUCACUGACAGAUAAUUCGUAAUGGGAGACGUAUAUUUCAACCAUUUUGCUGAGCAACCGCAGAUGUUUGACCAAGAGAAGGGUGAAAUGUCAAGUAAUUUGCACCCUCAUUCAGUCAAUGAAGACUCUGAAUCGUCAACUCUGGAAAGGGUAACAGCAGAGUCAUUAAUAAACAAAGUCCUUGGUAGAGGACUAAUGGAGCAUGGAUGUCCACAUUACAGAAGAAGGUGUUGCAUUAGAGCUCCUUGCUGUAAUGAGAUCUUUGGUUGCCAUCACUGUCAUAAUGAGGCGAAGAACAACAUAAAUGUAGAUCAGAAGCAGAGGCAUGAUAUUCCUCGCCACCAAGUUGAACAGGUUAUCUGUUUACUCUGUGGUACUGAACAAGAGGUGGGCCAAAUUUGUAUCCAUUGUGGAGUGUGCAUGGGGAAGUACUUCUGUAAAGUCUGCAAGCUCUACGAUGAUGAUACGUCUAAAAAACAGUACCACUGCGAUGGGUGUGGAAUUUGCAGAAUUGGAGGACGUGAAAAUUUCUUUCACUGUUACAAGUGUGGCUGUUGUUAUUCAAUCCUCCUCAAGAACAGUCACCCUUGUGUUGAAGGAGCAAUGCAUCACGACUGCCCCAUUUGCUUUGAGUUCCUGUUUGAAUCACGGAACGAUGUGACGGUUUUGCCAUGUGGACACACAAUCCAUCAGAAGUGCUUGGAGGAAAUGAGAGAUCAUUACCAAUAUGCGUGCCCACUUUGCUCAAAAUCCGUAUGCGACAUGUCAAAGGUGUGGGAGAAAUUUGACAUGGAGAUUGCGGCUACACCAAUGCCAGAACCAUACCAGAACAGAAUGGUGCAGAUUCUCUGCAACGACUGUGGGAAAAAAUCGGAGGUAAAGUACCAUGUGGUGGCUCAGAAAUGCCCAAACUGCAAAUCAUACAACACUCGCCAAACCCGAGGCUGAAGCUUGGCUUUUAUCGAACAUGGCGUUUUGAAGUUUGUUUGCUAUCAGAUGCAUCUAAGAGCUUUCACUUGAACCAAUAGUGUCAUUUGGCUCCUUCACCGUAGGACUAGUCUCUCGAGUCUAUCUCUUCACUCAUUUCUUCAAUAUUCUCUGGGUCGUCUCUUGUUCACUAAGUCUGGGUCUCCUUGGUGUUAGUUUCCUUUAGGAUUCGUCUCCUUUUGUAAUUCUGCGGCUCUAUUGAGUAGUUUCGUUUAAUCUGAUAAUAAAAAUCCCAAAUUUGA